AUGGAGGAGCACACCAGCCCUGGUGCGGAGGUCCUGGUUGAAGUCCGGGAUCUGCACAAGCACUACGGACCGAUCCGGGCCAUCGAUGGCAUCGAUUUCGAUGUCCGGCGCGGUGACAUCUUGGGAUUCCUAGGCCCCAACGGUGCCGGCAAGACCACCGCCAUGCGAGUCAUUACCGGCUUCCUAGAGCCCGACGCCGGUCGAGUCUCAGUCGCCGGCCACGAUCUGGCAACCGAUUCCCUAGCCGCGCGGCAGCGGGUCGGUUAUCUGCCGGAGAACGCCCCGGCUUACGGCGAAAUGACCGUCGCGAGCUUCUUGGAUUUCAUCGCCGAGGCCCGCGAUGUCGCCAACCCGGCGGCGGCGAUCGACAAGGUGAUCGUCGACACCGGCUUGGAGCGGGUUCGCCACCAGACCAUCGACACUCUGUCGAAGGGCUUCAAGCGCCGGGUCGGUCUGGCCCAAGCGCUGAUCCACGACCCCGAGGUGCUGAUCCUCGACGAGCCCACCGACGGGCUCGACCCGAAUCAAAAGGCCAUGGUGCAAGACCUGAUCAGCAGCCUGUCGAGCAACAAGUGCAUCAUCCUCUCGACCCACAUCCUCGACGAGGUCGAGAAGAUCUGCAACCGGGCGCUGAUCAUCUCCCAAGGCAAGAUCCUGGUCGAUUCGACCCCCGAAGAGCUGGUCACCCAGGCGCCGAGCCACAACGUCAUCCGGCUCGACUUGAACCAGCCUUCCCCUGAGCUCGCCGAGCGCAUCACGGACCAGCCUUGGUGCCAGCGUGUCGAGCAGCGUAGCGAGCUACGCUGGGAGGUCUAUCCGCAAAAUGGUGGCAACCAUCUCGCCGAGUUGCAGGCGCUGCUCCACGGUGAGGCGGUCGAGAGCGUCCACUUGCAGGAGGGGCGGCUCGACGACUUAUUCCGCGAGUUGACCCGGGGGGCAACCAGCUGA